AUGGUCGGCUGGGCUUAUCCCACCGCAGUCCUGUCACUCUAUGGGUUUUUUGCUAACUGCAGAGUAGCAGAACCUUUCCUCACGCCAUACCUAAUUGGACCAAACAAGAACAUCUCUGGAGAAGUGGUGACCAACUACCUGUUCCCCAUCUGGACAUACUCCUACCUGGCCUUCCUGUUCCCCAUCUUCCUCCUGACUGACUUCCUGAGGUAUAAGCCCCUCAUUAUGGUACAGGGGCUUUUCCUAGUCACCAACUACAUCCUGCUCUGCUUUGCCCCGGGCCUGCCUGCCAUGGUCUUCCUUCAGGUCAACUAUGCUGUAGUGACAUCCACGGAGGUGGCCUACUUCUCCUACAUUUACAGCGUGAUUCCAGUUGAGAAUUACCAAAAAGCCACUGGUUAUGUGCGCAGUGCGAUGCUGACUGGAUAUACACUUGGUGCCUGCCUGGGCCAAAUGCUCGUCUCCCUGGCAGGAGUGGACUACUUCUACAUCAAUGCUACCACUCUGGGGAUUGUAAGCAUGGCUUUUCUCGUCUCCUUCUGGUUGCCCAUGCCCCAGAGGAGCCUGUUCUUCAAAGGGAAAAAGGCUGCAGCUCAGGGCUUGCCGUCCCAGCAGGAGGGGCCACUGGGGAGGGAUGGGCCUGAGGAGUCAGUGAUGUAUAAGGAUGAAGCUGACUCAGGGAGAGAGGACAUGGAGAGUAAUGGCAAUGCUGGCUGGUGCAGCAGGGAAGCUGUGGCCACUGCAGGCAGUCUACUUUGGCAAAGCUUCAGGGAGUCGUAUUCAUCCAGGCAUUUAAUCUACUGGUCCCUGUGGUGGGCUCUGGCCACAGCUGGCUACGUGCAGGUUUUCAACUACAUCCAGCUGAUGUGGGACCAUAUAGAAUCAUCUGCCACAUCAUCCAUCUACAACGGUGGUGUAGAGGCUGCAUGCUCUCUUGUAGGUGCUGCGGCGGCUUUCUCUGUGGGCCACAUCAAGGUCACCUGGGCUGUGUGGGGAGAGCUGGCAUUAGGGAUCUUCUCAGCUGUAGCCACAGGGGCUGUGUUUCUAAUGGCGCUCACCAGCAGUAUCUGGGUAUGCUAUGCUGGUUACGUUCUGUUCAAGUCCUGCUACAUGCUCCUCAUCACCAUCACAACAUUUCAGAUUGCAUCCAAACUCUCCAUGGAGUGCUACGCUUUGACUUUUGGGAUCAAUACUUUUGUAGCCCUUUCACUGCAGACCAUUCUAACAUUCAUAGUUGUGGAUGAAGCUGUACUGGGGCUGGACAUUGUGACACAGUUCAUCGUCUAUGGUAGCUACUAUGCUGUCAUUUCGGUGCUGUUUCUGGUUCGAGGGACCUACACCGCCUGUUCAAAUCAGCGUAAUCCUGAGCGAGUAGACACCACGGAACAAGAGCCCAGCGUGGAGGUGAUCUCUGCUGAACGUUUCUGAACAAGGACAUCAAAGCGUUGUUGGCUGUGCUGUUCCAUUUGUUUAUUUGGAAUUGAGCAAUUAAGCACACAGCAUGCAACAUCAUUACUGUUUUCUAAUGAGUGUAAAUCUAAAAAUCUUAUGGUUUUCAAAAUUGUGACAAUAGAUUAAACAAUUACCUUGA